AUGGCUAACAUGGGACCCUCGCCAAAGCGUAUGGCUGACUACUUCUUCAUGGUCGGACUGCAUGACGACUUUUCGCUACUCGACGAUUCAUUCGCUGAUCACCAAGGCAUAGGCUAUUCUACCGAACUCAGCGACACCCACUCUGGUCACCACACCGCUGCAACCACAAACACAGCACCGACAACAAAGUCAACGGGAGCAACAGGAGCACAGGCCGAUCACUCCCUCGCAGCGCACAGUUCAAUUUCCCAUGGUGACACAAUCCAUUCUGCUGACACGACGACCUCUCCUCCUCAGGCCCAUACUCCUGUCAGAUCGCAUGCUCGCUCACGGUCAAAGUCAAUGGCUCAGUUCAACCAUAUCGAUCAAUCCUUGCCCGACCACUAUCACAAACAAAAUGGCUCCAUGGCACCUCAAAGAGGUAUGGACCUGUGA